UGGGAAAAAACCAACGCCGGCUUCUUUUCUCAGGUCUUUAGAUUUGGAAACGUUGAAAGCGAGCCCCAGUUAGGAGCGCUUACGUUAAGUAACACAUUAUUUGUCGGCAUUAACGCAUCUGACAUAAACUACUCAGCUGGUCGAUAUGACCCGUCGGUUAAACCUCCAUUUGAUAUAGGUUUUGAAGGUGUUGGUGAUGUGGUAGCUUUAGGACUCAGUGCUAGUGCUGAUUAUACAGUAGGUCAAGCUGUGGCUUACGUGAAAGCUGGUUCCUUUGCUGAAUAUACAGUCGUGCCUGCCAAACAAGCAGUUCCUCUACCCUCUGUGAAACCCGAGUUUCUUUCUUUAAUGGUAAGUGGCACUACCGCAUACAUCAGUUUGAAAGAGCUUGGAGAGCUGUCUGAAGGCAAGAAGGUCCUGGUGACAGCGGCGGCUGGAGGAACAGGCCAGUUUGCUGUGCAGCUUGCAAAGAAGGCAAAAUGCCAUGUAAUUGGAACCUGCUCCAGUGAUGAAAAGGGUGGUUUUCUGAAAUCCAUUGGCUGUGACCAUACGAUCAACUAUAAAACUGAAAACGUUGAAUCUGUUCUUAGGAGAGACUACCCAGAAGGUGUGGAUGUAGUGUAUGAAUCUGUUGGUGGAAAGAUGUUUGACUUGGCAGUUAACUGCUUGGCUACCAAAGGGUGCCUGAUAGUUAUUGGGUUUAUCACUGGCUACCAAAACCCUACUGGCCUUCAGCCUAUUAAAGCAGAAUUACUGCCAGCAAAACUAUUGAGGAAGUCUGCCAGCAUCCGAGGUUUCUUCUUGAACCAUUACUUUUCUGAAUACAAAAUGGCUCUGAAGCACUUGCUUGAGAUGUAUGAAAGAGGAGAACUGGUGUGUGAGGUGGACUUUGGAGACAUGUCUCCAGAGGGCAAGUUCACUGGCUUGGAGUCUGUAUUCCGUGCUGUAGAUUACAUGUACAUGGGAAAAAACAUUGGAAAAAUUGUAGUUGAAUUACCUCACUCUGUCAACAGUAAGCUGUAAAAACAGAACAAUGAUAUAAAUCAGAAGAGAGAAAAUGGGCACUUUAUACCUCAGAAUUACUAGAAACAAUUUCUUUUCUUAAACUUAGUAAUGGAUAUUAUAUUAAAAAACAGCAUUAAGGUGUUAAUAAAAAGUUUUGAUUUUUUUUUUCCUAAAAGUGCUUAAAUCCGUGGCUGUGACAUGGACUUAAAUGGGCCUGUGUUUGAUUCUGUCGCUUAGGCUAGCAUGAGACAAGGACAUUGUUCUUGUCAGAGUAAGUCUUGAUGCAGAGGCUGAUUUAAUCUGUCAGAUUUAAAAAUCAAAUUGUUAGAGCAAGACUAAGGAGAAAGAGUCAUAUCUUAUGUUUGCUUUAUUAAUCUCCUGACAUUUCUGGAAAAACUCUCUUGAUUUUAUGUCACAGCCACAAUAGUCCUAAUUCAGUUGCAUCAUGGAUCUUAGUAAAGUUUCUUGACUAGUUACACAGGGAAAAAAAAAUUGCUUCAAUUCUAACACAGCGGUAAUAUUAAGAAAAGCAAUUUGCCUUUUUUUUAAAUUGCAUAGUUCAUAACUAUAUAUUAAUUGUGCCUUUUUCUUUUAAAUCUUUAACUACAAGUUGUGAAGUUACCUUAUUUUCUUGCGUUUUCAUUUACUACCAUUGCUGUUUACUGUUUACUCUCCCCUUUAGUCAGUAUUACGGGAUUAUUGGACUGAGGGUUUGAGCUACGUUCACGUGUAUUCAGGUCCUGUAUGUUUAUUGAACAUUUAAUAAAGUGAAGAAAGCUAUUUAAA